UCAGCGGGGCCGGGCCGAGGCGCCCCCUGGCGGCGGGGCGGUGUGGCGGUGUCAUGGCGGAGGUGGGCGCGCACCUCACGGCCGCCCCGGCCGGCGAGGACCGGCCCUCCGUGUUCGAGGCGGUGGCCCAGGACAGCCUGAUGGCCGCCGUGAAACCCGCCCUGCAGCACCUGGUCAAGAUGCUUACUGAAUCUAAUCCUGCCCGGUACGGUUUCCUCUGGCACUGGUUUGAUGAGAUCUACGUCCUUCUGGAUUUGCUGCUCCAGCAGCACUGCCUGGCCAGCUGCAGUGCAUCCUUCUCUGAGAACUUCUAUAGCAUGAAGAGGAUCCCCAUGGGAGAUGGCAGACAGCAACCUCUGGCCACAGCUGGCCUGCCAAAGAGGCAGCACUGGAAGUCUCUGCUCCUGCUGGUUUUUGUUCCUUAUCUGAAAGGAAAGCUGGAGAAACUGGUGUCCAGCCUGAGGGAGGAGGAUGAGUACUCCAUCCACCCUCCCUCGUCAUCCUGGAAGCGUUUCUACAGAGCCUUUCUAGCUGCCUACCCCUAUGUAAACAUGACCUGGGAGGGCUGGUUUCUUAUCCAGCAACUGUGCUACAUCCUGGGCAAGGCUGAGCAUCAUUCCCCCAUGCUGAAGCUGGCUGGUGUCCGCCUGGUCAGGCUGAGUGCAGAGGAUAUCCAGGCCCUGGAGAAGAAAUGGGCUGAAACCACCUCAAGUCAAACACAUAGCUUUACCUCACGAGUGCAGUCGGCCCUGAGGAAAGCUCUGGGUGGCAUUGCCUUCUCCCUGUCCACCGGCCUGUCCGUCAGCGUGUUCUUCCUCCAGUUCCUGGACUGGUGGUACUCCUCGGAAAACCAGGAGGCCAUCAAGUCCCUGACAGCGCUGCCCACGCCGCCACCCCCCGUGCACCUGGAGCAGGAGCCCAGCUCAGCUCUCCUGCCCAGCCUGAAGACCGUGUGCCCUCUGUGCCGCAAGGUCCGCGUGAACGCCACGGCCCUGGCCACCUCCGGCUUCGUGUUCUGCUACCGCUGCGCCCACGGCUUCGUGAAGGCUCACCAGCGCUGCCCCGUCACGGGCUAUGCCACAGAGCUGCAGCACCUGGUCAAACUCUACUCCCCUGAGAGCUGAAGGGCUCCCAGGAGCCUCCAGCACCUCUUUGUGCAUCCCAUGGAAGGCUUAAGACUGCCACAGCUCCUCGGUGAGCUCUGCAGCACCCUUGAACUCGGUGGUUCGUCAGCUUUGCUGCCUUUUCACGCUCUGGCAAUGCUCUGCCCUUUGUUGAUAAGCUCUUCAAACAUCCUGGCAGUUGCAGAGGGAUCACACAGCCCCAGCCUGUCAGAGCCAGCACAGAAAUGCCUUAAAAGACCAGCUGAAAGGGAGGAAACAUUGAUCCUCACAUCUGCAUUCCUCUUACCCAAAUCAAAGACCAGCACUGGUGCUGCUUGAGGGCAUGAGCCAGCAAAUUAAAGAGGUAGGGAAAUUCUCUAGGCAGGUUUUUCUUCCCUGUGCAGCUUCCCAGGCCCUUGUGCUGCCCAGGGUGAGCUCUGGCUUUGUCAGAGGUGGAGACAGGCUUAAACCUCUGCUCUUCAGCCUCCUGCAUUUUCAGGCUCUUCACCUUGGAACUGAGAACAUCACCCUCUGAAUUCCCAUCAACGGUUUUAAAUUAAGACUUUUGACUGCUUAAAGAACAAGAUGGAUAAGAGGAACGUGAUAUUUUCUGCACAGGAGAGAAAAUGACAAACCAGAUUAAAACAACUCCCAACUGUUGAGAGUGGUUUAUUGUUAAAGUCUUUGCAAUUCAUUAUUAUCUGCUUUUAUAAAGCAAAAUUCUUUCUUGAUUGAGAACCUAAUUUAAUUCUUUUCUGGUUAUUGGAAAAACAGCUUGCUCCUCUGGGGGCUCUAUUUACAUAAGAGAGAGACAAGACUAAAGCUGCUUUCAUCUCCAUGUGAUGGUAGUGGAUGUAAGAUUAGCAUUUUGUAGGCUGAGAAUCUUUAAUGUCUGAGCAUUACAUUGCAAUUAUUCCAGUCCCAGCCAUGUAGCACAUUCAUAUCAGAACACAACAUCCUUCCACUGAACAGAGGAAAGAAAACCUGUGUGACGUGGCUGGCUCUUGCCUGACACCUGAUUUUUCAGAUGGAAGGUUGUUUUCCUGGCUCUAGGGAGCAGCAGUGCUCCAGAUAUCACGGUGACAGUGUUUAGAGAAUACAAGAGCAAAGUUUGCUGCACAGAGUCCAGGACCCCACUCUGGACUUUCCAGAUUUAGAGACAUUUUCUAAUAUUUAAUCCACUGAACCAGGCAUCUCAUUUUCUCUCCACUUUAGCUCUGCUUCAGAAGAGAAAAAUCCCCAAUAUCCUCCUUCACCUGUAAGCAAGAGAGUAAGGUUAUUGAAUAAUGUGGAAAAUGCAGUAAUUUGAAUCUUCCCCAAACACCUAAUAAAUGAGAUUUGUUCCUGA